UAAUGCUAAUUAUAACCAACUAAAUAUAUCUUAACAAUAACCAAAUUUAACAACGCAACAAAAAUAGAUGAAUAAAUGAUAAGAUACAUCAAUGUAAAGUAGGUUCCCUAUCAUAUAUGCAGCCUGCUUGUCCUAUAAAUGGUUUACAAAUGUGGCAUGAGCAAGAAAUCGCAGACAUAGUUUUGCUACUUGCUUUAAAGGUUUUUUUAUUUGAGCUUUAAGCUAUUUCUGUGGCAAUUGAGUUCGAUACUUCUUGACAUCUGUAUGAUACAGUAUCUAAUCCGUAUGCUAUAGUGUUUGGUUUAUUUCUAGGAAAAGUGAGCCCCCUGAUGUUAUAAGGCGAUUCAGUUAUACUAAAAAUAUCUUCUGUGAAACUUGAGUUUUCGUGAUGAAUAGUUUUGUAAAUUUCUGUUGCAAGUUGCUUUAAAUUCCUUGUAUGGAAUUGAGCAAUAUAAGUAGAUGUCAUGCCUAUGUUACUUCUAGCUGCAUAGCUCGUUGUUAGUUUUCCAGCACUUUUACAUAAAUCAAAUAAAGAUUUGCUUUUACUGCGAGGCCUAACCAUUACAGACAUACAGAUACCCACCAGCUAGUUUUAGCAAACAUUAACAUUUAUUUUAUAACACCAAACAUUGCUUAUUUUUAAUUUCAUAAUCAUUUGGAUAUGUUUUCUACAUCAAGUUUGAUUUGAAUUUCCUCCCUGUUCCCUGCGAAAAAUAAGCGCAACGUCAUCAUCAAAACAUAAAACAACAGCAGCAACAUUUGUAUGAGAGGAAAUCAACAUGGACGACUUGUUGCACACUGAACUGUGAUCAUUGGCCAUGGCAGAAAACUUUAAAUUCAAACUUCUGCAGAAGCUUCUUUCAACGGUAGCCAACGCAGUCGUCUUUCUCGAUGACGGAUCUGCAGAAUGCCUUCAUUGGAUGAAUGUAGUUGACAAGAUUUUUUCUGCGGGGGCAUUAUCAAUUCGAAGUAUCGAUGAUAGCAAGGAGUGCCUGGACUCAGAAACAAAAGCAGUUUUCAUUGUUAAAUCGCUUUUCACUGGAUCGAAUUUAAAAAGAAUUGAAAAAAUUGCAAAGUCAAGUGAUUUUCAUCAUUUGGUUAUCAUAUCGUUAGUUUCUUCAGAAAUACAUGAUUUUGUUGCUACAUUAAAUCAACACCAGCUUGGUAAGUCCAAAGUAAUCACAUUUGGAGAGGUUGCAAGAACCCUAAAGAUUUGGAUGCACAAUGAAUUUGCAACUGCAAAUGUUAUACAUUUGCCAUUAUGUCAUUCCAACAUCCUGCCAGACCUUUUUGUUACACCAAUUCAUAGUGAUGCUUCUACCAUCUUGCCAUCAGAUGUUGCAAGACUUCAAGGCUUCUUACACAGCAAGGGUGACAAGAGAAUGUUCAAUAGUCUUGCUGAUAUUGAUGUUGCUCUUCUUCCACACAAUCUUCAAAUUCAAAUAAAGAUGCUAGCAUCAUCUAUCAAUGAUCUUUUUGAAAAUUUGAGCAUUCAUGAAGACUGUUAUGGAAUUGGACAUUUUAGCAAGAUUGUUGCCUCUGAACUCGCCAACAUGCCAAAUGCAAAAGCAAGAAGGAAGGCAGCCUCCAAAAGGGCCUCAAUUGUCUUUGUUGACAGAAUAUUGGACCUUGUGGGACCAACAAGUUUUGGUUCUGAUAACAUGCUAGAUACAAUAAUGGAGGUGCUCUUUAAAUUACCUGGUCACCAUAAUGAUGUUGCUGUCAAUAUGGAAAUGCUCUUUGACAGUGGAAACAAAACUCCAGAUACUUUGUUUCCUGGCUGCCUGGCCCAUCCAAGUGAUUCACAAGUUGAAGAGGUUUUGAAUGCUUUUGUGAUGGAGCAAUCAAAGAUAUCAAUGAAGUUCUUACACAAAAAGAUUUUGUAUAUUCUGAAAAAAGAGAAAAUCGAAUUCACUGACUUAGAUGACAGGCCAAUUUUGGAAAGAGUGAAACACCUUCUUGGAUUCUUUAGAGGGGACAUGAAGCUGUUCCAGAAGUAUGGCGGAGUGUUGCAAUGCAUCAUGGCUGCUGUGAAUGCCCUAACUGCUAUUGACCAUGAUCACAGAGAUGAGGUCCUCAGUGCUGAAAAGGUAAUAACGCUCGAACUAUUUGGCAAAGAUGCAUCCAAGUUUCUAGAGAGAAUAUUAUCUUUGGUAACAAGUGACUCAAAUAGAUUCAAUGUGGUCGAUUCAUUAUUGUUGUGUCUACAUUUUUACUCUGCUGUGGGUGGUACGGUGGUCAUUGAUCCAGGAUUAGAAGAAAAAUUCAAGAACGCGAUAACUAAUAUUCUUCUCGAUGGAAACCACAACGACGAUCUUCUUUUUAUACUUGGUCAUGAUGCUCCGAGUGAGAAAGAAGUACGAAUAAAGGUGGCUGAUAUCUUUGAGAGAUUGCGUGGAAUUGGCAGAGCUCGACAUGAACAAAGACAAAUCAGAACUCUUCUUGACAAAAACACUGGUGGGCAGGCCGAAUACAAGCCCGCGCUAUCACAGCUGAUGCAGUUAAUUUAUCAUCCAGAUCGACCAGAGUUGGUUGAUGUCGAGUUCAAAUCGCAUGGUUUAAAAGAUUUUUUAAAAACUGGAUUUGGGUUGUUUAUGAAUGUGAGCAAGCCGAGGCCAGAUGAUCACAAAACUCUGUAUGUUUUUGUAAUUGGUGGCAUCACAUUUAACGAAGUUCGUCAAAUUCGAGAAAUUGCGAAGAAGCUUAGGCCAUCCGCUGAGGUGAUCGUCGGCAGUACACGGAUCGUCACGCCCACAGAUAUUCUGGAGCAAGUUCUUUGCAGCGAGAACUUGUUCGUCAGUCUCGAUUGAAACAAGCUACUUGCAACUUCAGGUUGAUGGCAUAGAGGCAACAGAGAACGAACGACGGUAACAAAAACGGAUGAAUAUCGGGAUAUCAGAACUGAAUAGCUAGUUGCUAUACGCAACAAUGGUUUCCACACAGGGCAAGAGAAGAAACAACAAGGAACUGACGCAAUUGAGUCUUUCAGAUGUUCAUGCGGAUAACAACUAGCCUGAUUAUGUUUUUAAGAAGUACAGUUUGGGGAAAUACAGGCACUGUAUCGUUUUUCUAACUUCCAGGUUUUUGUAGUUUUUAAUUGGGAAUGCAGCGAUGAAUUCACGUGCGAAAUGAAGCAUUAUAUAAUAUGAAUUCAAAGAUUAUGUUUAAUUCUAUAAAAACAAGAGAGGUUUCAGUAAUUUGCUUGUUAACUCGAUUUGACUUUUCUUGAUUAAACAGAUGAGAAAUACUGACCAAAGAUGGGGAGCUUUGUGUGAGUUCAAUAUCAUGACAACUUUUAUUUAGAAAUUUCAUUUAGCAAAAGUGAUUUAUAGGCGAAACAGAAAAAUCAGACAAUCUUCAUUAAGACGGUUUGUCUCAUAUAUCAUGGAUGACUGGCUCAAAAUAUUAGUUUGGUUAUUAAAGAAAAUCUUGAACUAGGUCAGCAGUAUUUUCAAAUGGCGACAAUUUACAACCAAAUAAGCAGGGAUAAGAAUAUAUUUGCAUGCGAUGGCUCAUCAUCCAGCUUUGGUUGAUUUAGCUAGACUCCAUUGGUUUAUAAAUCAAGAUCUGUGCGCAGGCGAUCGAUAGAUAUAAAAAUGGCUUAGGCCAUCUGUCAGUCUUUAUUAGCCUAUCAAUGGGCAUGUGCGCGGAAUCGCGUUCACUGAUUUGUCAUUUUUUUUAAAGAUAGCUUGAGCCCCUCUAGUAUCUGUCGAUUGGCCUUAACUAAGAAUACAAAUGUAGUGUUAAGCUUUCCCAAACAAACUUUUGCAAAGUCACUUAGUGACUCUUUUAACAUUGAAUUCAGACCAAAAUUGCGUCGAUUGAU